UGUUGGAAAAAGAAACCCAACUGUUACUAAAUAUGUUGGAAGAAAGUGUUACAAAUAUGAGAAAUAUGUUAGAAAUAUGUUCUUUCAUUGAGAAUUAUUUUUAUUUAAUUUAUACAUUUAUUAUUUAAUUCAUAACUACAUUCUUUAUUUUAUUCUUCAUUUCAUUGAUCAUUUCAUUUGAUCUCAGAGGUCUUUUUGAUUCAGUAGAUGGUCCUGUGAAGAAAAACUUUUCAAAUUGAUUUCAUUGGUUCAUUUCAGUUUAGCUGAGUUGCUAUUGGUUAAGGCAACGCAUGUCCCGCCUCCUUCACGUUAGAGACGCUGCGGUAGUGUGUGAAAAAUACACAGAGAGCAGCAGGACGAUAAUUGAGACACAGAGGUUUUGGAGUGAUGAAACUUUAAAAAAUACACUUUAUAUUGUUAAAAGGAGGAACUGUGUAAACAGAGAAAAGUCCGGUGAACCACUGAAGCGACCCUGGGAACAUCUUGUGUUUGUUUUAUUAUUUUAUUGUCCCGGCUGGGUUUUUUGUAUACCCUGAGAUCCUGGACCGUGGAUUUGGAGUGAUUCUCUCCCUGACGAGGGGGAUGGCGAGCUACCCGCGUGAGCAUUUUGGAUUGAGGAGGAACCUUUCCAUUCUUCAUUCUCUGUCCUGCCAGAGUGGUAGGGUUGUGGGGAAGGACUUCCAAGAACUUUCGAAUUGAACUAUUUCUUUUGGGUAAAACAUUUUAUUUUAUUUAGGGUGCACCCGGUAAAAAAGACAUUUCAAAUAAGAACAAAAGUAACUGUCGGCAGUGUAUGUAAACUGUUUAUUUUCUAUAUAUGUUAAUACAGUGUUUUGCUUAAAUCUACCUGUGUGUUCCUUUUACUCAUUGCGGUGUCCAAUCUCUUCUUAUUACUUUGCCCUGCGAACCUAGUGUGUACUUACCUGUCAAGUGGGUUACACAGUAAAACUUGGCGAGCUAGCCAGGAGCAAUUUAUGAAUUCACAUUCAUAAUCAAAUUAAAUGGACAUCUUUUGAGUAACUGGACUGUGACCGAGUGUAUUUGGAAGAGAAUUCAACAUUUGAGGUAUUUUGGUUGUAUUAACCCAUAUCAUUUUCAAGUUUAUUGACAUUUCAGUUUUACCUUGGUUAAACAUGGAUAUUAUUUUGACAGAGAGUGUGAAAAUCCCAAAUGCUGUUUUAGUUAGUGGGUUAACCAACACUGAGGUUGACAAUGAAAUCUUUGAUUUACUCAAGCAAUAUGGAUCUAUCGCUAGGAUAAUCAGAGUACCUAGCGCAGACUCUGAGACCCAGGCAAUUGCAGAGUUUGAACAUGGCACCGCUGUGAAAGACCUUGAAGCCAACGUCUUACCUUACCGAAGACCAUGCACUGCCAAUCCUGAAGUUAUCCACCAUGUUCAGAGUCUUGCCAGCGUUUACACAAGUGAUGCAGGCACCAGUGCAACAAAUACUUACCUUUCUGGGUUGAAAGACUUAGCUAAGUUGAGCGGCAGGGAGUUUGUAGACAUCCUUCGUGAGGAGCUGGCUAGGAUCAGUAAAUCCAUUAGAACUCAAACCCCACUUGAGGUCAGUGAAGAGCCUGUGGAAAUUGAGCCACCCCUUACACAAAGUGAUAUCCAAGCUGCAGGCCCUAGCUUUGUCAGUGUCCCCAAUGAAGUGAGUCAGGACUCUUACAAACCCCAGACUGGCAUCGAGGUCAGAGAUUUUCUCUCUCCAAGAGGAGAAAGAACCAGCACUUUCCACUUGCCUUCAGAUCAACUCAGCACACCAGAAGUACAGCGUGUUGUGGUUGAGCACAUUGUCAAGAGCAGUGAAGUUUCAUCUCACAUUCAAUUUCCUUGUAAACUGAAACAGUUUUCUGGGCGACAUCCUCAGCCAAACUUUGAAGUCGACUAUGACACGUGGCGCAACAGUGUGGAGUUCUGCUUGCAUGACCCAUCUAUCCCUGACUCCCAAAUGGUGAGGAAAAUUGUUGAAAGUCUUUCGGCCCCUGCUGCAAACAUAGUCAAGUCAUUAGGGCCUCAAGCUUCACCAAAAGAGUACCUGAACUUACUUGAUUCUGCUUAUGCCACUGUCGAAGAUGGGGAUGAGCUUUUUGCACGAUUCUUGAACAUCAAUCAAAAUGCUGGGGAGAAAGCGUCUGAUUACCUGCAGCGACUUCAUACAGCAUUGAGAUAUGUGGUAAAUAAAGGAGGAAUCGCUGCCGGCGACUCUGACAAACAACGUCUCAAGCAAUUCUGUCGUGGAUGUUGGAAUAGUAUUCUGAUCACCAGUCUUCAGCUUGAACAGCUCAGGAGUAAGCCACCAUCUUUUGCAGAGCUCCUGCUCUUACUGCGAACUGAGGAGGACAAACAGGCUAACAAAACCAGCAGAAUGAAGCAGCACCUUGGGUUCACAAAGCCAAAAGUCAUGUCAAACAUGCACGCUGCACACAUGUCCUACGACGAGGAUAUUGUCAUGCCACAGAAUACAGAGGAUGCCUUCUUAAACAUGACCAAAGACAUACAGAAACAGAUUGCUGAACUUCAGGUUCAGGUGGCAAAACUCAGUGCAUGUAGUUCAGAGAAACCUGUGAAAAAGAAAACAACAGUAAGUGUAAGACAGAAACAGAAGACAAAAAAUACCCAGCCGGAAGGACAACUCCAGCAAAUGACUGUGACAGUGAAACCGAAGCCAUGGUAUUGCUUCAAAUGUGGUGAAGAUGGGCACAUUGCAUCUACAUGUGAUAACAUACCCAAUCCCACCCUUGUGCAGGCCAAGAGAGCAGAGCUCCGGGAGAAGCAGCGUGCAUGGGAAGCUCAGAAUGGUUCACUCACCACUCGCCAGUCAAACUAGAACAGGCUUCUGUUGAGGGGAAAAUGGAAGCCAAGAAACCACUAUAUCCCCCAUCUACAGGCGAACAAAAACCCAUGACUCACAGCCACAGAGUCAAACGACAAAGGGAAUUGCCAAAACGUCUUGUAGGCAGCAAGUGUACAGCCAAUGUAAAUGUGGAUGGGGUGGACUGUAGUUGUUUACUAGACACAGGGUCACAGGUCACCACGGUGGCCCAGUCCUUUUAUCAGACCCAUCUAUCUGAUCAUCCUAUCAAGCCCAUCAGCAACAUCCUUGAAGUAGAGGGAGCAAACGGCCAACCUGUUCCUUACCUGGGUUAUAUAGAGGUUGACCUCAAGUUCCCUAGAGCCCUUCUUGAGUCAGAGCCUGAAAUUUCAACCUUGGCUUUAAUCGUUCCUGACCUCCGGUCAAACAGUGGUGUCCCAUUGUUGAUCGGCACCAACACUUUAGAUCCCCUCUAUGAUCAGUGUUGUGAUGAGUUUUCACUUUCCCAUAAUUCAUCCUGCUAUGGCUACAGACAGGUCCUUCGCACACUACAACUGAGGAGAAAACAAGCAACAAGCGGAGAACUCGGCUUUGUGAAGCUCAGAGGAAGGGAACAAGCAGUUCUCCCAGCAAAACAAAGAGUGCUGCUUGAAGGCUAUAUGUGUGUCAACCUAGUCAACACAGAGAAAUGUGCUCUGAUUGAACAACCAUCAAGAUCAACUCUGCCAGGUGGCGUGUUUGUAGACUGUUGUCUCAUUUCCUUGCCAGAGCAUGGCUCCAACAAAUUGCCUGUUCUCCUUAGAAAUGAAACUGAACAUGACAUCAUUCUACCUACCAACUGUGUCAUUGCAGACCUGACUGUUGCAGAUGCUGUAGUGGAGAA